ACGUGUGCGUUUCCACUGUUUACAGGAAAGCCCAGGGCUGUUCUGGCGAUACCGUGUGUCUGACUUGAAAGAAUCUUCCGACCAACCGCUUCUGUGCCACCAACAUGCCUGGCCACAUCAGCCUUAAGAGCACGGGACCUGAUCCCGAUCCCACGGAGUACUUGUACGUCUCUCUGGAACAGAAGAGAAUUGACUCUAGCAAGCCCUACGAUGGCAAGAAGGCUUGCUGGGUACCCGACGAGAAGGAAGGUUUCGUCCAGGGUGAGAUCCAGGGUACUAAGGGUGACUUGGUCACUGUUGUCGUACCCGGUGGCGAGACCAAGAACUUCAAGAAGGACCUGGUAGGACAGGUGAACCCUCCCAAGUUCGAGAAGUGCGAGGACAUGUCCAACUUGACUUACCUCAACGACGCUUCCGUCUUGUACAACUUGAAGCAGCGUUACAUCACCAAGCUGAUCUACACCUAUUCUGGGCUUUUCUGCGUUGCCAUCAACCCAUACAAGCGCUACCCCAUCUACACCGCCCGCACCACCAAGAUCUACAUUGGCAAGCGCCGUAAUGAGGUGCCUCCCCACAUCUUUGCCAUCUCCGAUGGUGCCUACAUGGACAUGUUGCAGAACCACGACAACCAGUCUAUGCUUAUCACUGGUGAGUCUGGCGCUGGUAAGACCGAGAACACCAAGAAGGUAAUUGCCUACUUCGCCAACGUUGCCGUCAACCCCAAGAAGAAGGAUGCCGAGCAGAAGCAGAGCUUGGAGGACCAGAUCGUCCAGACCAACCCUGUACUGGAAGCCUUCGGUAAUGCCAAGACCGUCCGUAACGACAACUCUUCUCGUUUCGGUAAGUUCAUCCGUAUCCACUUCGGCUCCUCCGGCAAGCUGUCGGGCGCUGAUAUUGAGACCUACCUGCUGGAGAAGGCCCGUGUCAUCUCCCAGCAGCCUCUGGAGCGCUCCUACCAUAUCUUCUACCAGAUGAUGUCCGACAAGGUCCCCACCAUCAAGCCCAUCUGCUGCCUCAGCAACGACAUCUACGAUUAUCACUAUGUGUCCCAGGGUAAAAUUACUGUCGCAUCCAUCGAUGAUGCUGAAGAGAUGGAGUUCACUGAUGUUGCCUUCGAUGUGUUGGGCUUCACUCAGACUGAGAAGGAUGACUGCUACAAGGUGACUGCCAGCGUCAUGCACUUCGGUGAGAUGAAGUUCAAGCAGAGAGGUCGAGAGGAGCAGGCUGAACCCGACGGCACUGAGGUCGGUGAUAUCGUCGGCAAGCUGCUCGGCGUUGACGGCGCUGAUCUGUACAAGAACUUGACCAAGCCCAAGAUCAAGGUCGGUAACGAGUUCGUGACCCAGGGUAGGAACGUGCAGCAAGUAUCCUACUCCGUCGGUGCCAUGGCUAAGGCCAUGUUUGACCGCGUCUUCAAGUGGCUUGUGAGGAAGUGUAACGUUACUCUUGAGACUGGCCUCAAGCGUGUCCACUUCAUCGGUGUCUUGGACAUUGCUGGCUUCGAGAUCUUCGACUUCAAUGGCUUCGAACAGCUGUGUAUCAAUUUCACAAAUGAAAAACUCCAGCAAUUCUUCAACCAUCACAUGUUUGUACUGGAGCAAGAAGAAUAUAAGCGAGAGGGCAUUGACUGGGUCUUUAUUGACUUUGGUCUUGAUCUGCAAGCUUGUAUUGAACUCAUUGAGAAGCCCCUGGGUCUUCUCUCCAUCCUGGAGGAAGAGUCUAUGUUCCCCAAGGCCACUGACAAGUCCUUCACUGAGAAGUUGAACGCUAACCAUCUCGGCAAGUCCCCCAACUUCAUCAAGCCCAAGCCCCCCAAGCCCGGCCAAGCUGAGGCUCACUUCGCCAUUGUGCAUUACGCCGGUACCGUCCCCUACAACCUUACUGGAUGGCUCGAGAAGAACAAGGAUCCCCUGAACGACACGGUCGUCGACCAGUUCAAGAAGGGUACCAGCGAACUCAUCCAGACCAUCUUCGCUGACCACCCCGGCCAGUCUGGUGGCGGUGAUGCUGGUGGCAAGGGUGGCAAACGUGCCAAGGGUUCUGCUUUCCAGACCGUGUCCGGCAUGUACAGGGAGCAACUGAACAACUUGAUGGCUGUCUUGAUGAGCACCUCCCCUCACUUCAUCCGUUGUAUUAUCCCCAAUGAGACCAAGUCGCCUGGUGUCAUUGAUGCGGCUCUCGUCAUGCAUCAGCUCACCUGUAACGGUGUGCUUGAGGGCAUCCGCAUCUGUCGCAAGGGCUUCCCCAACCGCAUGCUCUACCCCGACUUCAAGCACCGAUACUGCAUUCUAGCAUCCAAAGAAGCUGCUGCGACCGAGACUGAGAAGAAAGCGGCAGAAGUCAUUCUUGAGAAAAUUGAACUAGGAUCAGAAAAGUACAAAAUUGGCCACACGAAGGUAUUCUUCCGCGCCGGUGUCCUUGGUCAGCUCGAGGAAAUCCGUGACGACCGUCUGGCCAAGAUCAUCUCAUGGCUGCAGGCCUGGAUCCGUGGCUACAUCUCCCGCAAGAACUACAAGAAGCUCCAGGAACAACGUGUUGCCUUGAUUGUGGUCCAGCGUAACCUGAGGAAAUACCUCCAGCUCCGCACCUGGCCCUGGUAUCGCCUCUGGCAGAAGGUCAAGCCUCUCCUCAACGUCACCCGCGUCGAGGAUGAGAUUCGCGCCCUCGAGGAGAAGGCUGAGAAGGCUCUUGCUGAGCUCGAGAAGGAGAGCGAGCUCCGUAAGAAGCUUGAAGGCCAGAAUGUUACUCUUCUCCAGGAGAAGAACGACCUCUUACUGGUUCUCGAGUCCACCAAGGGUAGCGCCUCCGAGUUCAUGGACAAGCAGGCCAAGCUUGCUGCCCAGAAGGCCGACCUCGAAGCCCAGCUCAAUGAGCUCACCGACAGGCUCCAGAGUGAGGAAGAGGCCCGCAACAAGCUCUUCCAGGGCAAGAAGAAGGCUGAUCAGGAGAUGGCCACCUUCAAGAAGGAUAUUGAGGACAUGGAGCUGAGCCUCCAGAAAUCUGAGCAGGACAAGGCCACCAAGGACCACCAGAUCCGCAGCCUCAACGAUGAGAUCGCCCACCAGGAUGAACUCAUCAACAAGAUCAACAAGGAGAAGAAGCACCUCCAGGAGUGCAACCAGAAGACUGCUGAAGAUCUCCAGGCCGUUGAGGACAAGUGCAACCACCUCAACAAGGUGAAGGUGAAGCUUGAGCAGACUCUUGAUGAGCUCGAGGACUCUCUUGAGCGCGAGAAGAAGCUGCGCGCUGAGGUCGACAAGUCCAAGAGGAAGGUUGAGGGUGACCUCAAGCUUACUCAGGAGGCUGUCGCUGAUCUCGAGCGCAACAAGAAGGAGCUCGAGGGCACCAUCCAGCGCAAGGACAAGGAAGUCUCUUCCCUCGCUGCCAAGCUUGAGGACGAGCAGGGUCUUGUGUCCAAGCUCCAGAAGCAGAUCAAGGAGCUCCAGGCCCGCGUUGAGGAGCUUGAGGAGGAACUCGAGCACGAGCGCCAGGCUCGCGCCAAGGCCGAGAAGGGCAAGUCCCACUUCGCCAAGGAGCUCGAAGAGCUCAGCGAGCGCCUCGAUGAGGCUGGUGGUGCCACCUCUGCUCAGAUUGAGCUCAACAAGAAGCGUGAGGCUGAGCUCGGAAAACUCCGCCGUGACCUCGAGGAGUCCAACAUCCAGCACGAAGCCGCCCUCGCUUCUCUCCGCAAGAAGCACAACGAUGCCGUCGCUGAGAUGUCCGAGCAGAUCGACCAUCUCAACAAGAUGAAGGCCAGGGCUGAACGCGACAAGCAAGGAAUAACUUCGGAAUUGAACGAUGCCAAGUCCGCCGCCGAUAUGCUCAGCAAUGAUAAGGCCUCUGCUGAGAAGAUGAACAAGCAGCUCAUGAACACCAUCAACGAGAUUCAGGCCAAGCUUGACGAAGCCAACCGCACCCUCAACGACUUCGACGCCACCAAGAAGAAGCUUGCCGUUGAAAACGCCGACCUUCUCCGCCAGCUCGAGGAAGCCGAGAGCCAGGUUGGUCAGCUGUCCAAGCUGAAGCUGUCCCUCACCAACCAGCUUGACGACACCAGGAAACUCGCUGACGAUGAGAGCCGCGAACGCGCUACCAUCCUCGGCAAAUUCCGCAACCUGGAGCACGACAUCGAUGGUCUCCGUGAGCAGCUCGACGAGGAAGGCGAGGCUAAGGCCGACCUUCAGCGCCAGCUGUCCAAGGCUAACGCCGAGUCCCAGAUGUGGCGCGCCAAGUACGAGUCUGAGGGUGUUGCUCGCGCCGAGGAGCUCGAAGCUGCCCGCCUGAAGCUCGCCGCUCGCCUCGAAGAGGCUGAGCAGCAGAUCGAGCAGCUCAACGUCAAGAACAUGAACCUCGAAAAGACCAAGGCUCGCGUCAGCGCUGAGCUCGAGGACAUGCAGAUUGAAGUCGAGCGUGCCCAGACCCUCGCCAACGCCGCCGAGAAGAGGCAGAAGAACUUCGACAAGAUCAUUGCCGAAUGGAAGAUGAAGGUUGACGACCUCGCCGCUGAACUCGAUGCCUCCCAGAAGGAAUGCAGGAACUACUCCACUGAACUGUUCCGUGUCAAGGCCGCCUACGAAGAGAACCUUGAGCAGCUCGACUCUGUGCGCCGUGAGAACAAGAACCUCGCUGAUGAGAUCAAGGACCUCAUGGACCAGAUUGGUGAGGGUGGCCGAUCCCUCCACGAGACCGAAAAGAACCGCAAGCGUCUCGAGAUCGAGAAGGAAGAACUGCAGGCAGCUCUUGAGGAGGCUGAGGCCGCUCUUGAGCAGGAGGAGAACAAGGUGCUCCGAGGACAGCUUGAGCUCAGCCAAGUCAGGCAGGAGAUCGACAGGCGCAUCCAGGAGAAGGAAGAAGAGUUCGACAACACUCGCAAGUGCCACCAGCGCGCCAUUGAUUCCAUGCAGGCUUCCCUUGAGGCUGAAGCUAAGGGCAAGGCUGAGGCUCUUCGCAUGAAGAAGAAGCUUGAGUCCGACAUCAACGAGCUUGAGAUCGCUCUUGACCACUCUAACAAGGCCAACGCCGACCUCCAGAAGCACAUCAAGAAGCUUCAGGGUGAGAUCAAGGACAUGCAGGCCCGUGUUGAAGAGGAGCAGCGCCUCGCCUCCGAGUACCGCGAACAGUACGGCAUUGCCGAACGCCGCGCCAACGCCCUGCACGGCGAGCUCGAAGAGUCCCGCACUCUCCUCGAACAGUCCGACCGCGGCCGUCGCCAGGCUGAGGCUGAGCUCGCCGAGGCCAACGAGCACCUCAAUGACCUCACCGCCCAGAACAAUGCCUUGGGUCUUGCCAAGAGGAAGCUCGAGGGAGAACUCCAGACCCUCCACGCUGAUCUUGAUGAGAUGCUCAACGAAGCCAAGAACUCCGAAGAGAAGGCCAAGAAGGCCAUGGUUGAUGCCGCUCGCCUUGCUGACGAGCUCCGCGCCGAACAAGAGCACGCCCAGGCCCAGGAGAAGAUGCGCAAGGGUCUUGAAGUCCAGGUUAAGGAGCUCCAGGUCCGCCUUGAGGAGGCUGAAGGCAACGCCCUGAAGGCCAGCAAGAAACAGAUUGCCAAGCUCGAAGGCCGCGUCCGCGAACUCGAAAGCCUUCUUGACGACGAAGCCCGCCGCCACGCUGAUGCCCAGAAGAACCUGAGGAAGUGCGAACGCCGCAUCAAGGAGCUCACCUUCCAGUCCGAUGAGGACAAGAAGAACCACGAGCGCAUGCAGGACCUCGUCGACAAGCUCCAGCAGAAGAUCAAGACUUACAAGCGCCAGAUCGAGGAGGCUGAGGAGAUUGCCGCCCUCAACUUGGCCAAGUUCCGCAAGGCCCAGCAGGAGCUCGAAGAGGCUGAGGAGCGCGCCGACCAUGCCGAGACGUCCGCCAGCAAGGCCAAGGUGAAGGGGCGAGCGCAGAGCUUGGCCCGCAUGUCCCCACAGAGGUCUUAAGCUGGUCUACAAACUUUAGAAAACCCGUCAGCCGACCUUUCAACCUAAGCCGCCAGAUGCUAGAGUAACCGACCACCGCACGACUCAUCAACUAGAUUUAAGUUUACGUCGGGAAGUCCCAUAGCGAUUAUUUGUUAUAUCCGAGACUCUUGUCGCUGUAAUAUGUCUUUGUUACAGUCGCUCUCAAGAUCAGUAGAUUUCGUCUUUGAGCUCCAACACGGUGAUGUGAGCGCAAGAUCAAUAGGCUAUAGUCAAAGCUGGAUUAUUUUGCAUUGAAUCUAAUUCACUUCUCUGUGAUUCUUCCCUAUUGAAUCUUAUCUCUACUUCAAACAUACUAUUCUUUUAACUAUGCUCUCUUUUCCCAUCAAUGUAAGUUCUCCUGCUGAGAUGUUAUAGCCGCUCGCUCUUUUUGGAGCUCAAUGUAGAUGCCUAAAAUUAAACAACGUCCAAUUGCUGGGAAAACAAGGAGGUUAUUUUUGCCUUUCAAGUGGAUGGCACUCACAGCUCACGGCUUCUGUUGUAACCGCCGUCACGAAUGUUCUUUAUUAAUAUAGAUCAGACACACGCGCCGUUUCUAUGCCAUCAGAAACUUAACUAUUAAGAAGAACAGUCCAAGGGCUUCCAUACAAAAGCUGUGAAUGGUAUCCACUCCACGAGUGCAAUGAAAACCUGUAGAAUCCUAUGCACGAAUACUCUUGUUUCAUCCGCUUUAAAUUUAUUUCUUUUAUAAAUGCAUAUUUAUCAAUCCAGCCUUUUGCCGGUAGUUUUCAAAUGGCUUGUGUUUCAGUACCGAAACCUUAUAUCUCAUUUCCUCAUGCGGAUCAAAUGGGACCCCAAACAGAUAAAGCAUUUUGGCUGGACGCGACACUAGGCUGCACGGGUUAUAAACAAAUAUGUGUCGGAAUUUGUCUCUGAAUAAGUGUAGUUCUACGAGAAUGAUGCAUUUCUGAUUCGGUUGAUGAUCGCACCAACUUGAUGUUAUUCAUUGAUUAGUUUUAGUAAAUGUAAAAGUAUCCUUGUGCCCGGCAAUUGUAUUCUUGUGUUGAGAAAGUGUCAUCUGAUAUGAGAAUAAGUGUUAUCAAUAAAGAAAACACGAGGCUGGAA